ACAAGCAAACGCGACGGUUGGAAUAGAAGAAACUAAAAACAAGCAAGCCAGCAAGCUAGCAAGAAAUCAAGAAAGCAAAUCACCAGCAAACAUUGUAUAGAUAUUCAACGUGAAAAUAUCUUUUGGAAAAUCCCGAAACGUAUCGUUUGUGCAGUGAGAGUUCGAAAGAGCAGUGCCAAAAACAAAUAAUAAUUAACAAACAAAAAAAGGUCAAACAAAUAGCAAGAGAUACUUGCCUAUUAAACUAAAACUUAAGUAAAAGUGAAAGGAUACUCCGGCUGUUGGCGACGGCAUGAAUGAAAGCCCACAGCCGCAUAAGAUGAUUACACGAGCAGUGCUUUAUUGAUUUUUGCCUCGCAGUGAGAACGAAACUUUCGUGCAACUGACAGUGAAAAUUACACAGCACCUCUAAGAGCGAGGAAAAGCCGAGAAGGCGACCAAAGCCAAAGGAAAAUCCCUUUGAAUUCUUCUGCAAGUGCCAUUGCGAUCCAGGCGGCGUAGCCCCUGGAACUCCAUCAGCGGCCAUGAUCAUGGAAGGGCUUGAAACCCUGGUGGCGCCAACCCAUCACGCAUUCCUGCUCACCGAAACGGCCGCGGCCGCCCACUUCAAUGUGCUGAGCUUCGACACGUGUCUCUUCAAGACGAGCACGGCGGCCCAGAGCAGCGGCAGUCCGUCGACGGCCACCUACCUGAGUCCCGCCCAGUUCGGCGGUAAUCACAGUGGUGGCGCCAGCACCAGCAGCAACUCCCUCAACUCCUCCGCCGCCUCCUCGUCGUCCUCCUCCUCGCUGUUGCACUACACCACCGCCUCGGCAGCGGCCGCCGCUGCAGCAGCCGCCGCCGCCGCUUCCGCCUCCAAUAAUUCGGUGCUCCGUGCUCGCAAUCAAACGGCCACGCCCACCCAGGGCGGCAGUCCGGGACACGUGGCCGUGCAGCCAAGUGCCACCGCCAGCAGCGGUCGGAGUUCCGCAUCGCAUCUCAGCCUGCUGAACACGAGCGGCCAGCACAGUCCCGCCUCGUCGGCCGUCGAGCAGGUGGAGGCCCACAAGCAGCUGAUCGAGGCGCUACCCGGCGAUCUCAACACGCCGGUGACCACGUCCAGCGAUAUUCCCUCGUUCUUCGGCCCCACCACCGUGGUGGAACCACCACCCAUUACUGGAUCCAUCGAAUCCGAGGAUCUCUCUUUGGAGCCCCAAGUUAUAUCUGUGGCGAGUCCAGUUUUGUCACAUUGCAGUCCGUUGAAAGAAGAGCGGAGUACGCCACCAGCCUUGACCAUCGUUAAGGAAGAAUCAAGUAAUAAUAGUUGUAAUAUGUACCCACAACACAACAACAACAACACCACAUCAACAUCAACAACAACCACCACCACCAAACAAACAACAAGCGAAAGCAACAACAACAAUACUGAGGGCGUUGGCUCGCCAGGAAACCAUACACAAUCACACCAACAACAACAGCAGCAGCAACAACAACAACAGCUGCAUCACAACAAUAACAACACCAGCAACAACAACAGCAAUUGCCACCACAGUCACCAACAGCAGCAACAACAACAACAACAGCAACACAUGAGCUCCCCGCAACAUCAAUACCAACAACACCAAAUAUUACACCAACAACAACAAUUGCCAAAUCACCACCAUCAUCAUCAUCAUCACCACCACCAUCACAGUCAGCUACAACUCCAACAACAACAACAGCAACAACAUCAACAACAGCAGCAACAACAACACCAACAACAGCCGCUACACCAACAACAACAACAGCAAUUGCAACACCAGCAGCAACACCAACAACACUAUCAGCAACAUGCCAUCCAACAACAACAACAACAGGCUAGCAAAAUCUCAUAUCGUGGCGUUUUCACCACCACAGGCAACGCGAUGAAUGCAGCAGCCGCCGCUGCAGCCGCAGCAGCACAACAGCAGCAGCAACAACAUCAACAACAGCAGCAACUUCCCUCCCCACAACUUGGAGUUUUGGCCGGGCCAAUGUCGCCACCCUCGAAUAGUUUGGGCAACAGUUGGGGCUUGCCGAGUCCGGACAAGACCAUGUUCCAACCGCCACUGUUCGGUUUGCCCGCUCACUAUGCCACCAUGCAACAGCAGCAGCAGCAGCAACAGCAACAACAGCAGCAACAGCAAGUGACGGGGGCAACCCCAUCGCCCUACGACGAUGGACGUGCAGCAGCAGCAGCAGCAGCGCAACAUGCUGAGUUACUUGGUCUAACCAUGGAUUGUGCACCCUUGUUGUUGAAGCAACCGCCGCCAACUUACGCCGGAGCAUCCACCGGAUUCCCGGGAUUGGGUGACCUACACACCAGCCACGAGCAGCAGUUGCAGCAGCAGCAAUAUGUGCGAUCGCAGCCGAAGUACCAGUGGUUGGACUCCCCGGCGGACUACGCACAGCAGCAGCAGCAAGUGCAGCAGCAGGUGCAACAGCAGCAGCAACAACAGACCCUCGUGCUGCCGGGACCCACUUCAUCCGCGAGUUCCAGCAAUGCAGCUCUGGGUGUCUUGAUACCCAAACAGGAAACCUAUCCCGACAUGCAGCCCAAUUCUAACGGCACGGGAUAUUCUGCAGGAUCUGGUGGAUCAUCUGCGGCCGCCGCUGCCGCAGCAGCUGCAGCAGCAGCAGUCCAGUUGGCGGAGUACAGUCCAUCCACCAGCAAGGGUCACGAGAUCCUGUCGCAGGUUUACCAGCAGAGCAGUGUCCCCUUGAAAUUGGUGCCCGUGAAGCCGAGGAAAUACCCAAACAGACCCAGCAAAACCCCCGUUCAUGAGCGACCCUACGCCUGUCCAGUGGAGAACUGCGAUCGCCGGUUCUCGCGAUCGGAUGAGCUCACCCGCCACAUACGCAUCCAUACGGGUCAGAAGCCGUUCCAGUGCCGCAUCUGCAUGCGCAGCUUCAGCCGCAGCGAUCACCUGACCACCCACAUUCGCACCCACACCGGCGAGAAGCCAUUUAGCUGCGACAUUUGCGGCAGGAAGUUUGCCCGUUCCGAUGAGAAAAAGCGACAUGCCAAGGUGCAUCUGAAGCAGCGCAUCAAGAAGGAGAAAGUGCGUGGCGAACAGCAGCAGCAACAGCAGCAGCAGCAGCAACAGCAGCAGCAGCAGCAACUGCAACAGCAACAGCAGGAGCAGCAACAUCACCUGAGUCUGCAGCAACACCAGCAGUACCAGCAACACCAUCUGCUGCACUCCGCCGAUUUGGCCAUAGUCACAUCGAGUGCGAGCAUGUAGAGACUAGCUAACUCGGCAUCCAGCGUUGAUGAGGCCAAGUCGCCGAACCGCAAGGUUAGCCUGGCCUUGGCCCUGGAUCUCGACGAGAGCGCCUUCCCCUUCGAGUUGACCUCGGACUACGGAACCCUGUCACCACUCACCAGUCCGAAGCAGUUCAACUACGUGUGGGUCGGCCAGGAUUCCAGCCAGCCGUUCUUCUACAAGGAUUCUGUGGUGGAGAAAAGGGGUUAGGAUUCAAUCGCUGAUGCUGAAUAUAAUCAUUAAUGUAUACUGAGUUGUAGUCGUAUAUAUAAAACCGGGGUUGUGCUAUCAGCAAAAUCUAUGCAAGACAUUAAAUCGUAAUGAAGUUACAAUAUGCUACAGUUAGCCUAGUUAAUAUCACAGAUGCAAGCGUGGUCGAGAAUAGGAAAUCAAGCGAAGCAAAACAGAGUUACUAACCAUACAAAGCCUAACUAAAGCAAAUUGAUGAUUACUAAUUAUAUUCGAUGUAAUUGAAAUGGGAAAAUAUUUAACUUAUGUCUCUAAUACUGUGAUCUCAUGUGUAAUAAUUAAUAAUUUUAAUUUCUUUACAUAACUGCAAAUAACCAGAAAUAAUUUUAAAAAUUAUAAUCCUUUCGCCUUUGCCUAGCUAAUGUUCAUUUUUUAAAAAUGCUAAAACACAAACACACACUAAUUUAUUGCAUUUUAAAAUAAUUAUAUAUAUAUAUAUUAUAAUUAUUAACUUAUUGUCUUAAAGGUUUAGAUUUAGGUUUUAACAUACAGAAUACACAAUUGAGCACACAAAUCUUAGCAUAUCAUUUUUUUCUCUAAGCAUUAUAAAUUGCAUAAGUUAAAAACAAAAAUUACUUUUAAAUCGAAUAAUGAAAUUUUCGUGUGCUAAUUAUAAAUGAAGAGAAACUUGUUUAACAAAAACGAAAACUUAAAUUUGAAAAAUGUCCCAGUGUACUUCCUUAAUUGAUUCGAAAUCAAAACGGCAAAUGGAAAUUAAAUUUUAUUAUACUAUAUUUAAAAUAAAUAUAUUUUCUAUCUUCUGUAGAAAUCAAUUUCUUCUUAGUUUGUAAAGAUAUGUUUUAAGUUUAAUUAAUUUUUAUAUU